GUCAAUUGUUGAAUGUGUCAAUUGCGCUGUUGCAUCUUUUUGUGUAUUUUUUACUUCUAUGAAGAAAACUAUUAAACUUUCCAACUUCCUAUUAUCACAGUUAUGAGUGUAACAUAUUCCAUACUAUAUUCCUUUUUGGAUUUGUUAGUAAAGUAAGAGUAAACUUUCAAGAUAAACAUGGCCGAACUAAGUGCAAUGAACUCCGGUAGUGGAGCAAAUGAUGAAGAUAAUUCAAAGAGGAAUGAUUUUAUUAAACAAGAAGUAGAGGUACCAGUUAAACGAGAACCUGUCGAUUGUUUAGUGUGCGCGGAUCGUCAUGCGGAUGGUUACGAGAUACACAAUACUAAAACAGUGGUGUCCAACAUAACUCUUUACGAAUUCCUGUGCAAACUAUCUCAAGCCACCUUAACUCAUUGCGAGAAUUAUCCUAAAUAUGUGUGUAAGACUUGUUACGAUCUUGUCAAUGAACUUGAACGCGCUGAAAAAGAAUACAAGAAGUUAAAAGACACUUUCGAAGCUAUUAUAAAUAAAAAUCCGUUGUUCGAUUGCCGAACGUCGUCUUCCUUGUGUACAGUGAAAAACGAAGUGUUUGAUAUUGUGUACGAUGAUUUAUGUAAAACAGAUAAUGAUUCUGAGGAUGAGCCUCUGGCUCUCACCAAACACAAGCGGCAGAGGAAAGUUGACAAGCGAAGAAAGAAAUCAAGUGCCGAGGUUAAACGCAGAAAGAGGCACAAAGUCGACAAAGAUAGUUGGGAGUGUAACAUUUGUGGGCUUGUCGGACCGAGUGGUGGGGCUGAUGCAUUUCAGGCCCAUGUCUUGUCUUCUCAUGGCACAGACGAUGCAGAGUUUAAGGAUGUCAAAAAAGAAGACAUACUUGAUGAUUUUCAGAAUUCCAAUGACACGCUGGAGUCAAUUUUGAAGAUCAAGAAGAAUGAGUUUCUUGAUGAUGAUGAUGAUGAUGAUGACAGUGGGAACUAUGAGCCGGAAACAUUGAGCAAUGGGAAACAUCGGAGGAACAAACUGCAGUCCAGUACUGGUCCAAAAAAAAGAAAAAAACGCGAGGAAAAGGUGUUGCACCCCUGUGACCAAUGUGACGCUAAGUAUACCUCGUUGUUGCGGCUGGAGCAGCACAAGCAGAAGCACGACGACUCCAAGCCCCCGUACAUCUGCGAGGUGUGCGGCGCGCACUACAAGCACAAGCGCGCCUGCGACAUACACGUCGCACUGCAUAAAGGUAUAAGUGACUGGAAAUGUGAAGAGUGCAAU